UAUUACAAAUUAAUAUUGUGUCAGUGUGAUAAAAAAAAAAUUGAUACUUUUACUGGAAUAAUUGAUUUUUUUAAUCAAAGAAGAAAAAUUAUGAAAAAUUGUUGAUAUAUUUUUCCUACCAAUUGAAGUAAUUGGAUUAUUUUUUGUUACAAAAAUGAAUAAUAAACAAAAAAAUGAGAGUCUUAUGUCAGUUGUACUACCUCAGGAAUUUUCAAAUUCACAAAGUUCAAAAAAUUUAAUCAAUAGUCAACAACCACAGGACGAAGAAACGUCGGAUUGUCCUCUAUUGACACCAAGUCCCACAAUUCGUGUGGUGAGAAAAAUACCGGAAAUGAUUCCAGUUUUUAAUCAUAUCGAAAGUCCUUUGGAAAUUCCAGCAUCUCCAAGUUCGGAAAAUAUUAAUUCUGAAGAUGGACUAAAUGUUUUUAUGAAUAUUGUUAACAGUUCGAGUAAACCACUUCACGAUGAACCGAGUUCUCGUGAUCCAAUGGUGGAAUCAACGAGUAGCAGUAGCAAUAGCAGUAUCAAAAAUGAACCAGUUUGUACACAAUUGCUCACACAAUUAAAUGAAGCUUAUCAACAUUUGGCACCAGACGCACAGGCACUGCAAAAUUUAAUUUUAAACGAGAACGGAGGAAAACCGCCAUUAGUUGGAAUACAAUUGGUCGUUCCUAAGCCACCAAAAAAUUAUAUUUUCACCAAAUGGAAUUGGCCCUUAAUAAGAAAAACAUGUUUCUGGUCAAUGAUAUCAAUAUUCAUUGGUUGUGUAGCACUCGUCAUUGGCGUUAUCAUAACAAUGCCAAGAAGAUGCGAUCCUGAGGUGGAAUGGUGGCAAGGAAGUUUGUUUUACGAAAUAUUUCCCGGUUCCUAUCAGGACGGAAUGGCAAUCAACGAUGGUAUUGGUGAUCUACCGGGAAUCACAAAACGACUCGAUUAUCUACAAAAACUUGGAGUUAAAGGCGUGAGAUUAAAUUCAAUAUUCCCCGCCGAUCAUUAUCCGGAAUAUUACUACAAUGUCACUAGUCUAAUGGACGUGAAUCCAAUUCUUGGACAAAUGAAUGACUUUGACGAACUAAUUCAAGAAAUUCACAAACGAAAUAUGACACUUAUUCUCGAUAUUCCACUCUAUCCGUUCGUUAAAAAUCUUGACUUAGCAAACAUUAAUAACGAUACUAGCCAAAUUCUUAAACAACGAAGAGAAAUUCUAAGUGAGCUUCUACCUACAAUGACACCAUCAUCUUUAGAGAUGGUGGGCGGUAUUUUACCAACGACGACUAAUUUUGAAACGGAAAUUGAAGAAAAUGAUGAUAUCUCCUCUGCUAUUAGAUUUUGGAGCAAAAAAGGCGUCGACGGCUUUUAUUUAAAGGGUCUUGAGAAUUUUGUGAAUGAAAAGAGUUUUCCCAACAAAUUACGCUAUUGGAAGUCAAUUCUCGGAAUGGGGAGAAUUUUAAUUUGUAGCAUUAAAACACUGACAGAUGCAACAAGUGUUUUGGCGAAGAAUGCAAUUUUGAAUAGAAUUGAUUUAAUUGACGUUCACAUUAGCGUGGCGAAUGGAACAAAUAAUAUUCGUGAUCAAAUUAAUAAUAUUCUUGAUGGAAUUUUAUUUGAAAAAUCCGGCUAUCCUUGGGUACAUUGGAGCAUUGGUAAUGUUGACACAAAACGUGUGACAUCGACAUUAAAUGUGAAUAAUGCGAGUGUCGCUGUUGUUCUCAUGACGAUGAUGCUGCCAGGCACUCCCAGUAUCUUUUACGGUGACGAGAAAGGAAUCCUCGAGUGUGAUUGUCCUGAACAUGCAGACUUGGAGCACGUUCAUAAUUUAACACCAAUGCACUGGGAUAAAAGUGAUGCCAUUAAUAGUGGAGCUAAUGAGAAAUUUUCCUCUUAUCAAAUUCCAUGGUUGUCGAAAAGUAACGAUCCAAUUGAAACGAAUCUACGGGAUGCGAUUUCAAAUAUGACCAGUAUCAGAAAAGAAACGCCGACUAUUUACGUUAAGUCUGUGAUCAAUAAUAAUAAACCAAAGGCGAAUUGUGAUGUUCGAUACACAAAAGACGAAUUAAUCGUGAUUGAAAGAAGAUAUCGACGACGAAAUUCAUACGUUUUUGUAGCAAACUUGGGUAAAAUAUCACAAAUGAAAGAUUUAUCGAAUCUCUAUUAUGGUGGACAUAUGGUUAUUGGUCCAAAGCACAAAUUUGGUGAAAAUGUUUAUUUCAAACAACUCAGUAUCCCACCUGGAGAAGCAUUUGUGAUUAAACUCGAUAAGUAAAUAUUUUUCUUUUUUUUUAAAAAACAAAGAGAACAAAAAAAAUAUAUUAUAAAUAUAUACAUACAUUUUAAUUAAAAUAUUUAUUGAGAAAAAACAAGAAAAAAGAACUAAUUUUUUACACACUGUAGCAUUUAUUAAAAAGUACUUAUAAUAAUUGACACAAGUGGAAUUUUUUUUCUUUAUUAUAUGUGUGAGUGUUUAUUAAAAAAAAAGAAAUUUUCUCAUUAAACAAAAUUUUUUUAUAUUUCUUUUUUUUCUUAUAUAAUAUUAUAUAUAAUAUUGGAUAAAUUAAGACUGUUGUAUUCACAAUGACAUCGAAUGUUUUACAAAUAUAAUUCAUACCGUGAUUCAGAUUGUUCGAUUACUAAAAUUUUAUUUACUUAAAAAAUUAAAAUAUAAAAAUUUUAAGAAUUUUUUUUUUUUAAAGGUGAUAUAGAAAAAUUAAUAUUUUUAAUGUUACAAUUAAUACGUAAUUGUUGAGUGUGCGUAAUCCUGUUUAUUAUAUUAUUAUUAACAUUCUGUUAUUAUUACUAUUAGGUAUUAUUGACAUUAUAUUAUAAUUAUUUUUUUAAUAAUAAUAAUUUAUGAAUUUAUUUAUUUAUGAAAUUAAUAAAAAUUUAAUUACUCAAUUUUCAAAAUCAAAACAAAUUUAAUUUUCCCGCGCUUAAUUUUCACUGGUCGAAUGAAAAACAACGCGCAUUACGCACACUCAAACUUCUGAUGAAUUUAAAAAUAAUUUUUUAAUUAUUGUUCAAUAAAAUUUUACAUUUACAAUAAAAAAUACAAUUUUUAUACCGAAAUCAAAUUUUCACAAUUUUUAUUUUCAAUAUACCGGAUGUUAUA